CGCCGCGCCAGGCGGUGCUGGCAGCAUGGAGUCGGCCAUGGAGGCCGCCGCGGCGGCGCUCGCGGGUCUGCUGGCGGCAGAGGCGGAGUCCGCAGGGGAGGGCCCAGACUGCGCUCGAGCUUCCCAGGGGGCAGCGGCGGUGGCGCGGGGGGGGUCCAGGGCACUGGGCGCGAAGGUCGGGCGUGGCUAGAAGUGUCCCUGGCCCAAAGGUGCCCCCAGGAUGUCCAAGGAGGCCACCACGGCCUCCAGAGCAGCCCUCACGAGGCCCAGAGGGCCCCAUGGGGCUCCCAAAUCGAGCGAAAAGCUGGGGGCACCGUGGGCCAGGGGCACCUGUAGCAACCCCCGAGGAGGGGGCGGCGACGGCAACCCCGCCGGCGGGCGCCGAGAGGGCGUCGGCGGGCCGGGGGGGCACGGCGCGGCAGGUCGGGAGGCGGCACGGGCCGCCUCCCGGGGGCGUGACCUCCCUGAGGCUGAGCGGGCUGCCCCCGGAGCUGGGCCAGAGCGGGCUGGGGAAACCUCUCACGCGCCGAUGAACCCCACGGGGUCGGCGGACUUCUUCUACAUGCCCCGGGACUUCAUCUCAGGCAAGAGCCGGGGCCAGGCGUUCGCCAACUUUGUCUCGGAGGAGGCGGCCUCCAAGUUCCAGCGAGCGUGGCACGGGCGCCUGACGUGCGCGGGCCUCCCCGUCGGUGCGCCCGGGGUCGACAUCUCGGUGGCCACAGUGCAGGGCCUGGCCGCCAACCUCGCCCGCGCGGAGAACCCCCGCAUGAGGCGCGUGCGCAACCCCGAGUACAGGCCAUUCGUCCUGGACGGCGCAGACCACGCAGUGUGCCGCCGUUGAGGAUGGCCGGUCGAAGAAGAGAAAACGCCACAAACAGAACCUUUCAAGCUUGUGCCGUUAUUUCUUCCUCUGGCCGUUCCGGGCCACCUCGCGGAAGGGCAGGCCCCCAUUGUAAUGAUCCGGCUGCCUGCGGCAAGUUCCGCCACCGUGCCGGCGCAGCACUCUGGGCGGCGACCCUUCGAGCACCGCUCAGAAUGGGCCCUGGCGUGCGGCAUGCCCUGAUAACAUCAUGGCCCCGAGUCGGUCUGGCCCUGGGCUGCUACCAACCUGAUAGCAGCCCCCUUUUUGGGGGGGCGUUUCGACCCGGCCUUGUGUGCAGAGUAGCGCGCAAGUGCCUCAAGCACCACGCUGCCGGCUCACGAUCAGAGUGGAUUUCGCUCGCAGACUUUCUCGAGCAGUUCAUUUGCCAGUGAGCCAGGUUAUACUUGUGUCCUGCCCCCUCGCGGGGCUUUUUGAGCUAGGGCUUCUUCCUGCCCUAGCUCAAAAAAGGCCCUCAGGGCCUUUUUUGAGCUUGAGCGAGUGGCGCGCAGGUGCCUCGAGCUCCUUCCUGCUCCCUCCGCCUGCCCCCCCCGCCCCGCCCGCCCUC